AGACUGAUGUUUCCUGCUUCUCUGGCUUGACAGACGCCCAUGAGCGUCAGGAGACCACACUUUCGGCGGCUUCUGUCCUCAUUAAAACGGAGCGAAUGUUGCCUUCACGGACCGUUUAAAUGCUGUUGAUCGAAACAUCCCAACUGGACGUAAGAAAAUCGAUGAAUAUUUCAACAACGUCCCGUAAGCAGCAUUCCGCGGGAAGGAGGAGCAAUAUGAGCCACACUGCAUGGAGCACAAGACAGUUAUACGUACAGUAGGCAGCUUCCCCUCUACGAGCAGUGAGACGUCGCGGGGAUGGGCCAGCUGUCUAGUUGAAGUCUUACCCUGGACGACGCAUUACUUUAUGACCUUGCACUUUUAAACGCCAGCAGCCCUGAAGAUGGAGGAGCCAUCCAGCCUCCCCAACGUCAGCAUCCCCUGCCACAACGAGCAGAGGGACAAGAAGAAGCGCUACACGGUUUACAAGGUCAUGGUGUCUGUGGGACAUCAUGAAUGGUUCGUCUUCAGGCGAUACGCCGAGUUCGACAAACUCUACAACACGUUAAGGAAACAGUUUCCAUCUGCGAACUUGAAGAUUCCGGCUAAGAGGAUAUUUGGGGAUAAUUUUGACCCAGUGUUCAUAAAGCAAAGAAGAGCCGGACUACAUGAGUUCAUCAAGAGAAUCGUCUCCCAACCUGAACUUUCCAACCACCAAGAUGUAAAAGCCUUUCUACAGAUGAAUCGGCAAAACUUUUCAGAUGGCUCUGAGGAUGAAGAUGACAAAAACAGUUCUACCUCCAGAAACAUUAACCUGGGACCCUCUGGAAAUCCACAUGCCAAACCCACAGACUUCGACUUUUUAAAGGUCAUAGGAAAGGGGAGUUUUGGGAAGGUUUUUCUUGCAAAACGAAAAGACGAUGGGAAAUAUUACGCAGUGAAGGUCUUACAGAAAAAAAUCAUUCUGAACAGAAAAGAGCAAAAACACAUAAUGGCCGAGCGCAACGUGCUGCUGAAGAAUGUCAAACACCCUUUCCUGGUUGGGCUGCAUUAUUCCUUCCAGACCACAGACAAGUUGUACUUUGUCUUGGAUUUCAUCAAUGGAGGGGAACUGUUCUUCCAUCUUCAAAAAGAGCGGACCUUUACAGAACCAAGAGCAAGGUUCUACAUUGCAGAAAUGGCAAGUGCACUGGGUUACCUGCACUCUCUCAACAUUGUCUACAGAGAUCUGAAACCAGAGAACAUCCUUCUUGACCAUGAAGGACACAUCAUUUUGACUGACUUUGGAUUGUGCAAGGAAGGCAUUUCCCAAACUGACACUACCACUACGUUUUGUGGAACCCCUGAGUACUUGGCUCCAGAGGUCCUGAGGAAGCAGCCUUAUGAUAAUACAGUAGACUGGUGGUGCCUGGGUUCAGUGCUGUAUGAAAUGCUGUAUGGUCUGCCUCCGUUCUACAGCCGAGACACACAUGAGAUGUAUGACAACAUCCUCCACAAGCCGCUGGAGAUGCGUCCUGGUGCCUCCACCACAGCCUGGUCUCUCCUCCAGGGCCUGCUAGAGAAAGAUGGCACACACAGACUUGGGUCCAAGGAUGACUUUAAAGAAAUCCAAGCACACGACUUCUUCUCCUCUAUCAACUGGAAUGACCUGGAAGAAAAGAAGAUCCCUCCCCCAUUCACACCCAAAGUGAGCUCUUGCUGUGAUAUCUCAAACUUCGAUACAGAGUUCACAGAUGAGACGGUGCCCAACUCUGUCUGCUACUCUCAAGAACACAUAGUCAACGCCAGUGUAAUGGAGGCUGAUGAUGCCUUUUUAGGAUUUUCCUAUGCUCCACCUUCCGAUGAUGCAUUCCUAUGAAAUGCGGCCAGUGAGCUCUUUGUUUGCCUUAAACUUCUUUUGACUAAAGGGAAGAAUUUUAUACCAUGGAUGAACUUGUUCUGUGAAACCAAAAGCAGCAGCUGACAUGAAACCGCACUGGAAAAAAAAGACAAAUGUUGAGGAAAAAAAAAAGUGCCAGAAAAGUCUAUUUUUACCCUUGAUAUUUUUAAGAAUUAUGGGCACAAUUCUUUGUCACUGUAAUUUCUAAUGUCUUCUAAAAUGAGCCUUAUAAAAGCCUUACAUUUGUUCCUGGAGUGAGGCCAGUAACCAGUCAUCUAAAAUACUUGGAACGACAGCCUGUCAGUGCCAGUCCAUGUAAUUACUGUAAAAAUGACUCCUGCCUUAUUAUUUUUAUUCUGUUAACUAAGCUGGAAUAGGAUUACACGAGAGAUCACUAAACAAUGCAUCUUGGUGUGUAAACUUAGGUCUUCUACUUCUGCACCUACCUUCAGCCAUUUUUGUGACUACAGAAUGGUUUAUUUUUUACGUGGAACUGUGGCUCAUGUUUUACUAUGAUGUGCCUUAGCACAUUUAAAUGCUGUAAUUAGGAUUCCACGAUGCUUCGCUUCACUGAUUUACCAGGUCUGUACUAGAGUAAUAAAAUCAAAGGAAUCAGAA